AUGUACGCUUAUCGCCUGCUAUGGCUGCUUCUGGGAAUCGUUUCGGGCGGCGCGCAGCUGCUGCAAUGUCCGCCCACAAGAUUUGAGAAUGCCUACGAGGCAAGCACGGGGCUAAUCACCAUUGCCAAUUAUUUGCCAGCGACGCCCGUCAAUGAAUUUGCCCUGCCCAGACGUCUGUGCGUGGAGCGCAGCGGUCUUCCGGUCGUGCGACGUUGCCUCGCGAAUCAACAGUGGGAGAAGCUGGAGAAUAUCACCUGCGAGCUGGAGCAGGCAGCCAAUGAGCAGAGCCAAAGGCUGAACGAGUUGCAGUUCGAGCUUGUCGAAGGUGUCUCCUAUCGUGGCUCUGGGCUGCACUUUUCGCUGAACAUAAUGGAGAACAUGGGCAACAUAAUCGGCCAGAACAAUCACCAAAUCCAGCCGGUUGAUAUGCUGAAUGUUGACAAAAUAAUUGACGAAGUGGCCAAGGAGCCAAAGGACGUGGCGGUCUGCACCGAAAUGGUCGGGCUGUACAACAAUCUAAUGGCCACCGAUAGCUCCGUGCUGGAGCUCUCGGCACGCCUGAAUGCCACCAACAAUCUACUCUACAAUUUCGAGGACUACACAAAUGCGUUGGCGCAGCAAAUGGUCGCGGGGACGAACUGCAAUCAACUCCUGGCAAAUCCGAUGCCCAAGCACCUGGUGAACGUGAAAGUGCAUAAUGGUGUUCAGGUGCUCAUCGGCGGUAAUCUGAGCGUCUUCUACUUGCUGCCCGAAUGCAAUCAGUUCACAGGCAUUGCCAUCUACUCGGAGGCAGCAGCUGGGCGCGAGGGCUGCCAGGAUCAUCGAUUCUGGUAUCGUUUUCUGUACGCCAAUCAAAGUCUGGACGCGCUCAGGGCGGAGCCGGGUCUCCAGGCAGCCACAUACCUCACGCAUCAGCUAUGGCAAGCCAUGCGAAGCACAGGAGUCACCUACCUGGUCUUCAAGAUCUAUGCCAACAGUGCACUCUUUGUCGACGCCUCCACGGAAAGCGCGAAGGCCACUCCAGUCAGCCACGUGCUCUCCAUAAACAUACCCCAAUCUUCGAAAAACUUGGCCCAUCCGCUGGUUUUUCUACUACGCAACGAGAAGUACGAGAAUGCGAAUAGGAGCACGAAUCAAAUAGAUGACUAUUGCGGUUACUGGAACUACGAUACAUGGAAAACGAACGGCAUUACGACCAAUACGACUAGCUUGCCCUACGAUCCGAUCGUUGUGUGCUAUACGGACCACUUGACACAGUUCGCCUUUCUGGUGGGUGCCAGCUGCAAUCAGCAAAAUUGUCCCUACGACGAGGAUCCGGAGGAGGCCAAACGCAGCGAGUCCCUGCUGGACGUUACCACAGCGUUCGGCUGUGGUCUCUCGCUGUUCGGCUUGCUGGGCAUUUGGCUGACGGCAGCCAUCUCCCGCAAGUGGCGCUCCAUGAGGUCCACGAAGCUGCUGCUAAACAUGUGCCUGGCCCUGUCGCUGCUCUUUGGCCUCAUGCUGCUGCUGUAUGUGAACGAAUGGUUCUGGCGCUACUCCUUCGACCAGAGCCGUAGCGCCUGCAUUGCUCUGGGCGCACUCUUCCAGUACUCGGUGCUGUUGCUCUUCAGCUGGAUGCUGCUCAUUGGCUACCUGCAGUACCAGCGGCAUGUCACAGUCCUUGUGGCCAGACCGGAGCAUAUUGUGCUGCGUGUGGCAGUCAUUGCCUGGUUGCUGCCGCUGUUGCCCACCUUGCUGCUGGUGUUCAUCAGCCCCGCAGCGUACAGUCCAGUCAAGUCGGGGGAUAUAGCAUCUGUGUGUUAUCCGUCCGGCUCCGGCUUGGUCUAUGGCGUACUGCUGCCCAUUGGACUGGUGCUUAUUGCCAAUGUCUUCACGUUUGUGUGCAUCUUCUAUAGGGUGACACGUCUCGAGGAUCGCAAUGGGCAGCUAAUUUGGAUGCAGCUGCGCCUCUUUGUGCUGCUGUUCUUUCUGCUUGGCCUGACUUGGAUCUUUGGCAUUUGCGCCUACUUUCGUUUGGGCCUGGUCGUAACAUUUAUAUUCUGCAUUUUGGCCACAUUGCAGGGAUUUGUGCUCUUUUUAUACUUUGUUCUAUUUGACAAGGUAGCCAGAUCUGCUUGGCUUCAGUUUUUGCUUAGAAAACAAGAAACUGCUAGCAUUCAACUAACCGGAUGA